AUGUCUGGGGAGGGCUGCGGGGAGCUGGACGAGCUCGUGCUUGUGCCGUCUUCUCCUCCUCCGGCGAUGCACGUUGCGUCGGAGGGCCAGCUGCGGCGCCUGCUCGGGCGUGCAGCGGAGAGGGGCGCGGGGGCGAAGGCGGCGAGGCGGCAGGCCCUGCUCGACGUCGGCGCUGGGAACGGUGCGGUCACCGAGGUGCUGGCAAGCGCUGUCGGUGUUGCUCCAGAGGGGGUGCACGCCCUGGAGGUGUCCGCGCCGCUGAGGAGGUCGCUGGUGGCCCGCGGGUACCGUGCGGCCCAGGACUUUGCUGGCCUUUCGGUGCAGCUGUUCGACGUGAUCGGUCUGCUGAACGUUUUGGAUCGAUCCGACGAUCCGCAGUCUCUGAUCGAGGCGGCCUACGAGAGGCUCCAGCCAGACGGCGUGCUCCUCGUGGCAAUUGUCCUCCCCUUCUGCGGCGAGGUGUAUCAGGGCCGAAAGGGGAGGAGGUCGAACAAGAGGGCACCCCGAGUGCCGCUGCGGGUGCACCCCGCGGCCACCUGCCGCAGCGCGGCUUCCUUUGAGGCUGCGGCGGCCGCCUUUGUGGCGGAGGCUUUUGCGUCGCGGCCUCUGAGGGUGCUCGCUUGGACACGCCUCCCAUAUCUAUGCGGCGGAUGCUCUGGAGACACGAAGCGCACCCACUAUGAGCUGGACAUGGCCGUUUUUGUUCUGCAGCGCCAGUCAGGUUCACCGACAAGCAGCGCACCCGUGCUGGGAGUGCAUUCGGUUCUCCAUGAAGCUCCGCAUCAGUGCAAGCGAAAUGACAGCUCCAUUCACAAGUGGCUCUCGAGCACGGUCGAUUCUCUGGGGGUGCAGUCGUGGGGGGACGUGCUCGAUGCAGGGACGGGCUUCGGUUCCUUGUGCUGGUUAUUGCGGCAGCGGUACCAGACCCUCACAGGAGUCACAGCGGAAGAGGGGUCGGGAAUAUAUGGGCAUUCGAGCCUUCAGGCUCUAAUCUCUUCAGCCUCUGCCAACGGUACCAAGAUUGUGACAGGCAAUUGGCGUGACGAACAGCUGCUCCGAGGGCGAGAGUAUGACGUCGUCGUUGCUGACUACCUGCUGGGCGCUGUUGAGCGAUACUGGCCGUACGGAGCAGACGAGAUGCUGGAUCGUGUGCUGCACGCAGUCAAGCCUGGUGGGCACUUGUUGGUAGUCGGCCUUGAGCCUUACGAGCUCGUCCUAGACGCCAGAACAUCCGACCAGAAGGACGCGGUCGUCCUCGAGGUCGAGGCGCUCGGCGACGCCGCCGCGCUGCUCGGAGGGCGCCCCUCGUACCGCGAGCUGCCCGAGGACUGGGUGUCGCGGCACGUCCGCCGCCGGGGGGGCUUCCGGGUCGUGGCCAGGAGCGGAUUUCCAGUGACGCUGACCGGCGGGCAAUUUGUGAGGAGCCAGCUGGACUUCGCCCGCAGAUUCGAAGAGGAUCGCAGACAGAGGUCUCCGCGACGCGUUCCGCAAGCGCGUCUCGGCGCUCAGGGCGGAGGAGAAGGGCUUCGGCACGCACGACCGCACGCACAACUACGCCUUGGUCGUGAAGAGGGAGUGAAUUCACAGUGUCCUCCUUUUGUCCUUCCCCCUCCUCCCUGCCCCAUCCCGCUGCCCUCUG